UAAGCGGCCACCUCCAUCACGUAAAAUUGCAGUUGCGCUGCGUCUCAUUCACUAUCAGAACAGGCAAAACCUUCUGCCGCCAUUUUUUUUCUUCUCAAACUCUUCUUCUUUCUUCAUCGUUCCUAUCGCAGCAUCUCUGUGACUGUAUCACAUCAUGCUGUAAACGAGCAUUUUUCUCACUAUCGUCAAGUUCAUCGGCCGAUUCAAUAUAUCGCUCGCUACUGCUCUGCUAUUCGGGAUCGCUUUCAUUCAGGAUUGCGCUGCUAAGUCCUAUCUAGACGAAGGUUCAACAAUUGAUAGUCAUGGAGCAAGAUCCGCCCAAGAACAAUACAACUGCUCAACGGAAGAUGAAAUUUGCUCCAAAAGCACCUCCUCGUCGAAUGCCAAAACCUGAAGUCAAAGCAGAAAUAACAGAGGAAGCUGAUGCUGCUCAAGCCAAGGAUUUACUAAAGCGCUUCAAUGAAAGUACCAUGAGGGCAAAGCAGAAAGUUGGGAAGAAAGCCGCACCUACACAAGUUGCAUUUGGUUCUGGAGGUACAUCAGCAACCAUAAGAUCAUAUGGUAUUCCAAAAGCUGGAAAUAGACCCAGAAAUGAAGAUGGAACUCUUCCGUCUAGUAUAAGCAAGGAGUAUGUAGAACCAUGGGAUUAUUACAGUUAUUAUCCUGUAACUCUUCCUUUGAGGAGACCAUAUUCAGGAGAUCCAGAUUCUCUUAACGAGGAAGAAUUUGGAGAGGCUUCAGAAAACAGAACCUACGAUGAAAGUAUGACAACUCCAGCAAUGGAUCUUGGUCUAUUGGAGGAGAAUCCAGAAACAAAUGUCUUUUUUCUACAAAUACCACCUAUGGUGCCAGUGACAAAGCAAUCUUCUACCGUAGAAGGCAUGGUGGCAGCCAGCAGCUCAGAACAAAGUAAGGGUUCACGAACUCGUCAGAACUUCUGCUCUCUGAAUGAGUUACCUUCUGGCUCCAUGGGUAAAUUGCUUGUAUACAGGAGUGGUGCUGUCAAGUUGAAGCUAGGCGAUAUUGUAUAUGACGUUUCUUCUGGAAUGGAUUGUGGCUUUGCACAAGACGUUGCAGCUAUCAAUGUGGAAGGGAAGCAUUGCUGCAUUGUUGGGGAGCUUAGCAAGCGUGCCAUUUUAACUCCAGAUGUGGACUCGAUGUUAAAGGAUAUCGAGGAUUUAUGAUUAUUUUCUCACAAGACAGGAUUUUUUUCAUAGACAUCAAGGAAGGAAAAUUGGCGGGAAUGAUAUUUUUUAUUACAACCAUGAGAGGAUAUAACAAUAAAAGAUAGCAGCAGAAAGAGAAGCACUGGUCCAGGAAAAACAGAAGAGUGACUUUUUCCCCUCUUGUUCAGCCUGAGUGCCUAGAUUUUUUAAAUUAUGAAACGUGUGAUCAAUUAGAUAAAUUAUAUUACAUUAAUUACAAUUUGACGAGAAAUAAAUAACACUCUACUGAAGUCUCUUGUUAA